UUAACUUUCGACAAGAAGCAAAAAAUCCUUCAUUCAUUCAUUCAAUUCCCAAUUCCCAAAUCCCAUUUCCCUCUGCAACAGAAAAAAAAAACCUAACCCUAUCUUCCAAAUUCUCUCUCUACACGAAAAAUUUCCUUCUCUGACUUCAAAGCCAGAUCAAAUUCUCGCCACAUUCGAUUCCCUUUGCCCUAAUUCAUCUGCUCCAUCGAAAUCAGUCUCCUCCAAUCCUCUCCAGGUGCGCGAAUUCAGUCUCUGUUUGUCUAGGUUCUCCAAUUGCAAUGCCGCCUCCGCCCAAACUCAGCCGCCAACUGCACCGGGACUCCGACGUCGCCGACAUGCCCUCCAACAGCUUGUGGGUCGGGAACUUGUCCAUGGACGUCACCGACGCGGAUCUUAUGAAUCUCUUCGCGCAGUACGGUGCGCUUGAUAGUGUUACUUCCUAUUCCUCCAGGAGCUACGCUUUCAUCUUCUUCAAGCAUAUGGAGGAUGCCCAAGCCGCCAAGGAAGCUCUGCAGGGGUCUUUUCUGCGUGGGAGUUCUAUCAAGAUCGAGUUUGCCAGACCGGCAAAACCAUGUAGGAAUUUGUGGGUGGGUGGUAUUAGCCCAGCUAUUUCAAGGGAGCAACUUGAAGAAGAAUUUUCCAAAUUUGGUAAAAUUGAUGAAUUUAAGUUUUUGCGAGAUCGGAAUACUGCAUUUGUUGAGUAUGUUCGAUUGGAAGAUGCAUCACAAGCAUUGAGAGUUAUGAAUGGGAAACGUAUUGGUGGAGAGCAGAUUCGAGUAGAUUUCCUUCGGUCACAGCCAAUGAGAAGAGAUCAGUGGCCUGACUCCAGAGAUGGGCAGCUUCAGGGUAGAAAUAUGGGGAUGGGUGAUUUCCAAUCUGGUUAUAAAAGACCACUGCACAAUCAAUCUUCAGAAGUGCGUAGAGAUGGACCACCCAGUAAGGUUUUGUGGAUUGGUUACCCUCCAUCUGUUCAAAUUGAUGAACAGAUGCUCCACAAUGCUAUGAUUUUAUUUGGUGAGAUAGAGAGAAUUACGAGUUUCCAUUCUAGGCAUUUUGCAUUUGUAGAAUUUAGAAGUGUUGAUGAAGCACGGCGUGCUAAGGAGGGUCUACAAGGACGGCUUUUCAAUGAUCCGCGGAUUUCUAUUAUGUUUUCAAACAGUGAUCCGGCACCUGUAAAAGACCACCCUGGCUUUUAUCCUGGUGGUAAAGAGACUAGGCCUGAAAUGUUCUUCAAUGAUCAUCAAAUCCGUCCUCCACAAAUGGACCUGUUAGGACAUCCUCACCCGAUGGUGCAAAAUAAGUUCCCUGGACCAUUGCCAUCUAAUGGCAUUCUUGGACCUAAUACAUCAGUACGACCACCACCUUUUGGUCCUCCUCAGGGUAUCUCAGGUCCCCCCGAGUUUAACGACUUGGCGACAUCUCAUAAUUUCCAGGAUGCAAAUUCAAAAAAUUUGAUGGGUCCAAAUUGGAGAAGGCAAUCUCCGCCUCCACCUGGGAUACUUUCUUCUCCUGCUACUGGGAUUCGUCCACCUCCACCCGUGAGGUCUACUCCAAAUUCGUGGGAUGUUUUGGAUGUAAACCAAUUUCAAAGGGAUUCUAAACGAUCAAGGAUAGAUGGCCCACCAUCCUUAGAUGAUGCUUCAUUUCCUCCAAGAAAAAUAGAUAACCGGAGUGUGGGUUUCGAUCAUCAAUAUGGGAUUGGUCCAAUAAGCGAUGGAGGUGCUUCUGUUACAUAUGCUAAUGCUCCAGGUAAGAGUCAUACUAUUCCUAUAGGUGCAAGAGCCCCAGUAGGUGGUCCUGGUCAGAGCCAUGCUGACAAUGAUUUUAUAUGGCGUGGAAUAAUUGCCAAGGGAGGAACGCCUGUUUGUCAUGCUCGUUGCGUCCCAAUAGGCGAAGGAAUAGGAAGUGUGCUUCCUGAAGCAGUCAAUUGUUCAGCAAGAACAGGGCUGGAUCAGCUCACUAAACAUUAUGCUGAAGCCACUGGAUUCGACAUUGUCUUUUUCUUGCCAGAUAGCGAGGAUGAUUUUGCUUCCUAUACAGAAUUCCUGCGUUACUUAGGUGCAAAAAACCGUGCAGGUGUUGCUAAGUUUGAUGAUGGAACUACCAUGUUUUUGGUUCCUCCUUCGGAAUUUUUGAGAAAAGUCUUGAAAGUUUCUGGUCCAGAACGGCUUUAUGGUCUCGUUCUCAAAUUUCCUCAGGUGUCAAUUAGUGAACCUACUCAUCAGCAAUCAUAUCUACCCAUUCCUACAUCCGACUAUGGUGAGAGACAGCAAGUUUUGUCUUCACAGACUGAAUAUGGGUCAGUGCCUUCAAAGCAGGAGCAACUUCCCCCAAUGGAUUAUAAUAGGGUUCUGCAUGAGGAAACCAAGGAGCCUCCCAAACCGCUUCUGCCUGCAAGUGAGCCACCGGCAGUUCAGCCCUUGCCUCAAGAGUAUGUUACUAACAAUAAUACGACGGCAGUUUCACAAGCUGGGUUAGCAUUAACACCUGAGCUUAUUGCCACUUUGGUUUCUUUACUGCCUGGUAAGGCACAGCCAUCCAAUUUAGAAAGUGCCAAACAGCCUGCAGUCUCACCACAACCUCCAAAUCCUCCCGUUGUUUCUAAUAAAGGAAGUACAUCUGAAGGAUGGAUGGUAGGUCAUCAAUCUUCUGAUCUAACGGGUCAGCAAUUUCAUCAAAUGGGAAAUCAUUUUAAUCCUCAGGGACAGAGUCUUUCUCAAUUUCAGCCUUAUCCGCCUCUUCCCCAAACACCUAACCAGUUUGCACCACAGGUCAUGGGAACAACCCAAAUCCAAGAUGCUGCUGUCAGUCACCCACAGCAGCAGCAGGUACCUCCUUACAGGCCUUUGUCUACUUAUUCUGCCCCUCCUGAAAAUGCGCAGGCUUCUGGUUUACCCUUAGUCAAUUCUCAGUAUCAGCCUGAUGUUUCUCAAAUUAACCAGAGAGGUUAUGGGUCAGUCAAUGGAAAUGAUACUUCUGGGUAUGGUGCACCUGUUAUGCAGCAAUCAACAAAUACUGUGACCUUGUCUAAUCAAGGUCAGGGUUCUACAACACAGUCACAACCUAUUACUCAGCUAGCAUCUGAUAGAGUGAACCCCGAGCUUUCUUAUCAGAUGCAGCAUCUACAAUCUGCAAACCUUGGUACUGGGACCAGUGAUGUUGAGGCUGGUAAGGACCAGAGAUAUAGAUCUACACUCCAAUUCGCCGCCAAUUUACUCCUCCAGAUCCAGCAGCAGCAGCAGCAGCAGCAGCAGCAGCAGCAACAACCAGGCUGGGGUUCAGGAAAUCAAUAAUGAGCAGCCCUCAUCUAGGUAAAUUGCGAUGGUGAAAAGAUGAAGAGUUUAAAUUUAUCGGGGUUUGUUUCAGACGACAUCGAUGGAUGAGUGGAUCUCCGUUUUCUCCUUUCAAACUAAAUGGCACGGUUCGCAUAGCUAACGCUGCAAUUGCCCAUUUGACAACGCCCCAUCUCUCUCUAUUAUGUCGUAAUUGUAUUUGUUAUUUUUGGAAUUGAGUUUUAUAGUCGAUGUAGCUUCCUAGCAUGCCCGCUUUCACUAACACUACUCGCUCUUUCUUUUCGAUUUUCAUAAGUAAAUUUUGGUUAUUGCGUAAAA